UAUGCAUACAUGUAUUCUGGAUGUUUUACUGCUGCAGAAAUGGUUCAUUUUAAAUUAAUCUUUUCGAAAGUUUACGGUGGCAUGCCUUACACCUGUAUGGUCAUGGUUUGGUGCAGUUACUGAGUAAUCGAUGCUAGUAAUUUACCGGAGUUACUAGGAACUCAUAGGAGGACAGAGGAAUGGAUGAAGUGAGUUCUUGGAAGAAAUUGUUCGUAGAGAUUCAGUCAAUACAUGAGAAGCUCAACAGUCAAGGAGAAAUGUUAAAUGAAAUAUCCAGAAAAAUGGCGAUUAGGUCAGUGGAAGUUAACAACAACUAUCGCCAUGGCUACGAGGCCAGUGACGAAACCUCGACUGAUUCUUUGUCAUAUAGUACAACAACUGAGAACACAGAAUCUCCAUAUGAUGCGUUCCUGCAGUCUGAACAUGUUAAGUUUGUGGAACGUCUUCAUAUUAAUGCUUUUCUGGAUAACCUCCUAGAAGACUAUAUCCUGUCGCCGUCUGAUCAUGAGAACAUCAGAAAACUGAGCCACAACAGGAAAGACCAGGUUCGCUUUCUUCUGAUGCGCCUUCGUCGUUAUGGUCCACAGGUUUUCCAGCGUUUCAAAACUAUUCUUGAAAAGACGGAUGUGGAAUGGCAGGAUUCCAUUUCUGACAUCAGGUCAAAUGGGGAAUGCUUUAAACAAGACUGCAUCGCCUGCAUAAUAGCAAAGAAGGUUGAUAUCCGAGAUUGCAUAGAUGUGCUCUAUAGCAAGGGUUUGGCACACCAUGACACAAUGGAAACUAUGUUGAGCUCUCUCAUGACCUCAGAAACUGUCUGGAGACUAGUGUUUAGAGACAUUAGCGAACAUGGAGGAUUGUGGACACAUAUGAAAACUUUACAAGAAGCCAUACCAUCACAGUAUAUUGAUCUUAAAGAGAAACUGGGCCAAAUGAGAGACAUUGUGUUGUGUUCUUCUUGCAAAGGUACAUAUCCAGUCUCAAAUUCCAGAAGCAACACUAGCAGUUCUGAUUCGAUACAAACGGUUCAAAAAGAUGUAGAUCCAAAUCAAUUAUCAAACGUUGCGUGUAAUUUUGAGAGAAACGAACGCUUGGAAAGUCAGUCUAAAAAUGACGACGAAGAUGAUCAAUUAGGCGUGGAGGAAAACGCAGAACAACCAAAGAAGGUCGAUCUCAGAAGGUUUGGGUUCGCCCCGGAGUCCAUGAGCAGCAACGGAACACAAACUCUGGAUGACUUGUUGCGUUUCCACGAAAAUGAAAAAUCCAGCUCACAAACCUUGAGAACGGUCGGACCUGGAUUCCUGCGCCGUACGCAGUCGGACAGGAGGGGCGAUUAUCGUCCUAUUUCUGCUAGCGUCCGUCGAAGUCAAUCGGACCGAACACAGAAAGUAAUGCUAACCAGAGCACCGAUAGGGGGACUUGCUUUCAACGACAAAUCAAAUGUUAUCCGUAAUUUCAAUACGUCUAUUCUUCCGAAAAUUCAAACGGAACCGCGUCUGUCUCAUUCAGCAAAGACAGUUUACCGUUCACAGAGUGAUAGAAGAGAAAACAGGAAGUCCUACAUAGGAAGAAGGCGCCACACACUUUCUGGGAUGAAUUCCAAUAUGUACCAAUAAUGACUCUUUAAACGCAAUCAAUCAAUCAGUCAAUCAGUUUUGUCAAUGCUUUUGCAGAAUUUACACUAUUAUUUUGUUUCAUUUCAUACCAUUGAUGUUUGCUUUAACUGUAAUUACAUGUACAUGUAUAUGUA